AUGAAUAGCGCAGAUUUAAAAAAUUUAAUUGAUGAUUUAGUAUUUAAUCAAAAUUUUCUUAGUUAUUAUGAUUUAAAAGCAUAUCUCCAAAAACAUGAUGAAAAUAUAACGGGUGAUGAUAUGGAUGAAUACUAUCGGUAUUAUAAAAACGAAAUUUUGAAAUAUCAUGAUAAAAUAAUUAAACGUUUAAGAGAGAACAUUAAAGAAGGAAAAUAUUCAAAGGGAAAAAGUAAAUCACAACUUAAACAGUUGAAAGAUUUCAAAAAUAAAGUAUUAACUGAAAAAGAUAUUGAUGAAUUAUAUAAAUUAUAUAAUCCUGAGCCGCAAAAGCCAAAAGAGAAAAGUUUGGACGUUCAGCAGCUCAUAAAUGAAGCACAAGCUUUAAUUUAUGAUUCAUUAGUUAAAACAUAUUCAACCCGACUUUUAAAUGAAGAUCAACUUUUGGAAUUCAUCCUUCAACAUAAACUCGAAGCGGGAAAGUAUAUCAAACCUUUAUAUACAGCAUAUUUAAAACAAAUGAAUAGAAUACAUCCAGAAUUAAUGAAGGGGGGAAUGAAAUCCAAAAUCAAAGCAGAUAA